CCAAGAGCAAGAGUAUUAACAAAUGUAAAAAUGAACGCAUUCGUUAAAUCACUGUCAUGGUUCUAUGUCAAUCGACGCAUCAGAAGUAAGAAAGUAUCUAAAUGUAUAAGAACGAUAUUAAGCACGUCAUGUGAUAUGAGAUUAGAGUUUGUAAUUAGUGUGAUGGUGUAACGGAAACGGAGCCAUUGGUCAAUUUGUUCUAACGGUAUCGGCAGCUUUUCCUUGUCCUUGACCUAGAAAUCGAACGGGCCGACCAGAAGCCUCAGGACGAAUUCAAUAAGCAACGUAUUAUCGCCGCAAAGAGCCCCAUGGGGUAGUCGAAGCCGGUCGUACCCCCAUAGGAUUCGUAACCACCCUACACCAACGUCUGGGCACAGUGAUUGACACUUUAUAUCUAACAUUGGCAUGCCGUGGUGUGAACCGCCAGUCAGGAUGGACUGCCUCCACCUAACUCAAUCACAACCUAUAAUGCUGCAAUUUCUCUAUCGUAAUCACGUUACGCCCUGCCACCCUUCUCCGUCUACCUUUUCGGCGACGAUUCACUGUGAAGAAAUAUUGAAAUGUCGUCACUGAACGAAACUUCUCUUCUUCUUGAAAUUCAAAUGCUUCCUCUCGCGAAAGAAUUCCGAGUUAUCAAGUUUUUAUUAAAACUAAAUAAGAAUAAAAUUUGCAAAUAUCGAACAUUUCACAGAAUCUCUCAGCUUCGAGGAAAAAAAUUUCUGCCCUUUUCAUGGAACUUUUCCACGACGAAGACAAUGAGAGCUGGAGAACAACAAGAUUCUUAUGGUACGCAGAAAAUGAACGUGUUAUUGUAUCAUGUUUCUGGUAUCGGAAUUUUAUCUCGUUAUUGACGUCUUCAACGACGGACACUCCGUUUAUUAUCCACGAGCUAUGAGGUUGACUAAAUUCGAUUCGUCAGACGGGAUUGUGACUGCGAACAAAACGAGGUUACUGACAAGUGGCUGCCCGUAGCGAAUCUUAGAGGCCCAUUAAACGGACCCCAACAUAGAUUUCUCUCGCAUUCUUAUGUACAUGUUCACGUCGAAGGGGUUGUUUUUGCCACUGAUUCAUCCCCUGUACUCGUGGCUUUGUUCCUUUCUUGCAUCCCUGCCCUCUGGAAUUCUAUUACGGUCCAGAUAUCGUGUCGCCUCGUGUCAUAAUUACCCAAGGAUGAUUUUAUCACUGUUCAUCAUCUUUGCGCGUUAACGCGUUCGUUUCCAUUGAUGGAAAUAGCCAAUUCUUUUGAUCUACUAUGCUUUAAUUUAUUGAAUCAAGAUAUUUCUUUACUUUGCAUAGAAUGAAAUAUACACUGCGCAAGAAUACAGGCAAGAGCCAUGGCUUCAAGAUGGUAAGAAGAUUUUAUUACGAACAAUUUAUGUUGUUAUUAAUAACAAUGAGAAAAUUGAUAAACCAGGGACGAGUACAUUUUCUAUUGAUUUAGGAAGAGUGCUGUCAGCUGCCCGGAUAGCUCAGUCGGUAGAGCAUCAGACUUUUAAUCUGAGGGUCCAGGGUUCGAGUCCCUGUUCGGGCGGAUAACUUUUUGCAUUUUUUUUCUUCAUCAUUUAUUCGUACUUGAUAGCAUUUCACAAAGGAGAGAAAGUACAAUUCUUUUUAUAUUGUCAGCAACGUGCAAGGACUCGAAUUAUAAGAAUAAAGUCUGAUGCUUUAAAAACGCUUGACUUCUAUUCCAACUUCUCGAUAGAACAAAAACUGGAAGUUCAUCGAGACAUUCGCGCAUAGUAGCUUGCAAAGUGAUAUAAAAUUCAUUUAUUCGAGUAUAAAACCUCCAAUGAACGGUUCGUAAAUCUUCCUGGAAGACGAUUAGUUACGGCGUUACAAUUAUUCGGAACAUUAAUUUUGAUUAUUUUGAUGAACUGUAAUAUAAUGCACGGUAGAUGCAAUGUAAUAAUAACGAUAACGAGGGGAUUUCCAGACGUGGCUCAUAGAAAGCGUGCAGCUACCCAGUGAGCGAUCGUAGUAAACCAUUAAUUAAGAUUACGAUAUUUCCUUUCUUCCCAUCAAUGAAUAUUUUACUUAAUACUUAAAAAUAUGACCUAUUUAAUGUAGUUCAUUUUUUAGUUAGUAUAUGAACAGCUUUCAGAGUGUAAUAUCUUUCUUUUUACGAAUGUUAUUCCAGGUAGCAGCUGCGAAACGGAGGACAGCGAACAAUAUGUGCCAGAAUUUCAUCGUAUGUCAAGUUAGUGUACAGAAUCGAAUACUUCGCGUGCAUAUUCGAGAGCUUCUCGCGCCAGGUGCACCUAAUUACUAUGCUUCCAAUCGCGUCAAGCAGACGCUCACGAAGGAAGCCAAUCUCCUUAUAGGCGGAAGUUACACCCAAUUUAAGUUAAUCCCAAUUCGGAAAGAACUUCGAUACAGUUUAAGCGAAUAGGAAACUACGAGAUUGCUUCUCGCGACGCAACGUCAUACGAACAAUUUUAAGGGAUCUUCGAUUUCCGAAUUUCAAUCGCUUUUAAUCGUAAUUACUGAGAACGUGGUCGAUUAAAUUCUCCGUUUAAACUUGUCACGAUAUUAAGAAAACGCUAAUUCUCUCUCUUUCCCUCCUUCUCUACUUGAUUUAUUUGAAAAACAUAUUAAAAGUCGACUUCUCGUUCAUCAAAAAAUGAAAUUCGUUUCGAACAACAAGCCAAGCAAUAUCGAAGAAAAAAUACAGCGCCAUCGCCCAAGGCUAGUGUUUUUAAAACGACAAGAAAGAAUCAACAGAAGACUCCCACCGAUUAUCGAUAUCGCGUUACACGGGGAAGCACUUUAUAUUAAGUCUAAAGACUUUUUUCGCCCCUCUUUUUCGAACCUUCAUUGAUUAACCUCUCGUGCGUUUCAUCGAGAAUACCCUUCGAAAUUUUUUAAGCUACAUCCAAGUAUCAUUAUUUCGUUACACACCGAGCAAAUGCUCAAAGGGAAUAAUUGUCGUUAAUCGAGAGAGUAAUAAUACUUUUCGUACGAAUUAAUUCGCGGCUCGAUUCAUCCAACAUUUACGCGCUUUGUAACAUACGGGAUCGCGACGGGAAAUCAAAUUUACUCUUCACCUGUUAAUUUUAUUCGUUGUUCGAUGGAUACGAGGAGCGAUCGGCUGGUUUGUACACGUAAUACGUAAGCAAACAUUUAGAGCGAACCCUGCUUCAAGGUAAACACGCUCAACGGUGUAGCCAGAUUUGCCAAUAAACUUUUAUUCGAGACAUUGUUUACCGGAUGUUGCUACGCUCGAAAUAUUAAUGUAACUUUAUAAAAAAACGUGUAACUUUUUUCGUUAUAUCGAGCAAAUAGAAAACAGAGUUCAUGAAGUCGAGCGAAACGAUUCGUUGGCUACGAACUAUUGUUUCGAAAUAGUAUCGUUUCAAAUAUUCAUUUUUCGACGAAUUUUACAUGUUAUAUACUUUUCAAGACACUUGUUUAAAUAACCGUGUACUGGUUACUAGAAGUGUAUUAUAUGCUUAAAGCGAACAAAAAUUUGUUCGCAAACGCAAACGAAAGUGCAGAGGAUAUAAUUUUUGGAAGUUUAGCGAACUACGCGAAAUCCGCAGGAUUCUUUCGCCGGUCGUCGAGUCGGUGGUUCUCCCGUAGCAAGUAAACUUCCGAUGUUUGCAAAUACAAUGAUUGCCGGAGGCCUCUGACUUAUGCUUCCCACGGCCAGAGUCUGUUUGAUUUAUCGAGGGCGCACCCUCGGCCGCGCAAAAUCGUCUACGGCCCCAUUAGAACCCGAGCCCACCCCCACGUGCCGUUGCAACGAUGCGCCUUCGCUUCCGCCACGACACGCGCCCUUAUGUACCCCCUCGCCCUCGUCGUUUUUCCUCCAAGAAAUCGUUCGAUCCUCGAGGGUUACUCGAUCGUUCCGAUCAUUCGUUCGACCGUACAUCCUCUAACUUUCUACACAAUGUACCAAGUCAUUUGCAUUCUUUUCCAAACUUUUCGAUCGCGAGGGAAAGAGAGAGCCGUGUUUAUCGGUCAAUGUUUCGUAUAAAGUUUAGCAACGGAUGUUUUUUUGACCCCAUUCCGUUUUUAUCUCUGAAUCCUGAAUUCGCGCUUUUGGAAGAAAAGCAGUACGUUUCUUUUUCCGCAGAUGUCAAGCAGGAGUCUUCGAACUGUAAACGAAUCAACGACGUCAAUUACUCUCAAUAUUCUCAGAACAAUACCUUCCUCGAUCUCGAAGCAGACACUCGCACAAACUGUUUUGGAAGCAAACUGAGUUCGCGAACGAGCGAAGGGACGAAGAAUAUUGCUGUAAAGGAAGAACCAGUGGACAGAGGAUACGGAGAGCCAAUUCCCGUCACAAGUAUACCCACGUCGACUGGCCAGGAUACUCAAAACGAUAAUAGUCUGAUAUAUCAGCAACAACCAUACGGAAACGGAACGAGAAACAGCAGGGGGUCACCGCCGCCCAGUCGACCAGCCAGCACCUCGCCCGCAGCAUCUCAGUGGCAGUCGACGGUCUCUGCUUCCACCGACGCUUUCUUCCCGCGACAGGAAAACUGGAACUCGGACGUGUACGGGAAAAGAAGCGUGACCCCCACGUGGACAGAGCUAGGGGUUCAAUUGGACGCGAGGAAUUCUUCGUGGGAGAGACAGAGCAAUUGCUACCAGAAGAAAGGCUCCCCCAGCUCUUGGAACGCGGACUAUGCCGGCAAGAGGCCUUCCUCGACGACCGGAGUGUCGCCUUGGAGCGAGAUGACCGUCGGUUAUCAGCAACAACGACGCGGAUCUCUUCAGCUGUGGCAGUUUUUAGUUACCUUGUUGGACGAUCCUACGAACGCACCCUGCAUCGCGUGGACUGGUCGCGGAAUGGAGUUCAAGCUCAUCGAACCUGAAGAGGUGGCUCGUAGAUGGGGCGUACAAAAGAAUCGACCAGCGAUGAACUACGACAAGCUGAGCAGAUCGCUGAGAUAUUAUUACGAGAAGGGAAUAAUGCAGAAGGUGGCUGGCGAAAGAUACGUUUACAAAUUCGUCUGCGACCCAGAUGCAUUGUUCAAUAUGGCGUACGGUUCCGGAGCGUCGUCGAAUCUUCCUGGAGAAAUACAGAACGGAGUUCGAGGGCAGUCGAUAUCCAGCAAAAUAUCGACGACGAAUGACGUCUCAGAUUUGGGGAAACAUCCCACGACCGGAUACGGGGACGCUGUUCUUGCCAUGUAUUCGAAUACCGCGGCAGUGUACGGGUCGUCCAGUUUGCACCACCUGCAUCAGUACCUCGGCGGCAACGACGGUUUCAAGACACCGUCGAACAGAUAUCAUCCCCAUUACUCGCACGAGUACAACAACAGCCACCAUCAUCCACCAACGAGCUACGCAGAAACCUUUCUAAACUACGGUCGCUUAUCGUCUCACGAUACUUCCAGCGAAUCCAGAAACCAAGAACUGCCGAGAAUACCGUAUUCUCAGGAAACGACGGAUGGUACCGGCAGAGAACGAGAGGCGUCAUCGAUUUUAUACGACGGCGCGCAGAGAACGCAAUUACCGACUGCGCCUGGUUUAUCUCAGCCAACCUUGUUGGACGCUACCACCACCAGCUCGAAGAUAGAGCAAAGUUCGUAUGCUUGCCUCGGUGUUGGGAGCUGCGUCUGCUGAAUUUCUGUUACCGGAAGAUGGGAACACGUCGCUUCUUAACUGAUACUCGAAUGGGUGAUCGCGUUUAUCCAGUCACGAUUAUACUGGCGCUACCGUUUGAAGGUUAAAGAAUUUCUCUAGUCGUAGAUUGAACUUUCCGCGCGUACACGUUGAACGCGUACCGACUGGAGUGAAACGCGUACAAGUAUUGGAACGUGUGGUUCAAUGUCGAGGCACGCGUUCGUCGAUGAUCGCUUGAAAGCCGAAGUUUACAUUGGUAGAGUAAAUGGCAGAUUAUACUAUACUGGCAGGAUAAAUCUGUUUAUUCUACUUGUGUAAAUAAUUGAACUGGCGAGCGAUAGAUUAUCGAAGAUAGCGAUUGGUAGAGUGGGAUAGCACUCGUGAUAAAGUAACUUUAUCAUUAGCUAUGAUCCCAACGUAAAGAAUAUCAUGCCAGAGUAUCAUGACGGUAAUAUACUCUAAUUAGAUCAAGGAGAAGCGGUUCUAUGCUCUGCCCAUCUCUUCCGGCGAUGAUCGACGAACGCAAUGGACAAGAUGCGAAUUCGCGCGUUCCGUAAAACCCUGUAAAUAAGCGAAAAGAAAAUGCGUAUGAUCUACCGUGUCGACUAAAAAGUCUCGUAGUCCGUGAGAUCUAAUCGCUCGUGAUCCGAAUAGUUCAUUGAAACGCUGUAACUUCUGUAAAUAUCGAAUAAAUCACUCUAUUGAAA